UCCUCCUACAGGAAGAAGCUGGAGCCUCAAACACAUUGGUCGGUAAUGGAGGAGAAGUGCGGGGAGCGGAGCGCGUGAGUGUCCGGUGCAGAGGCCCGGGGGCCACAGUCACUCCGGGGGCCACACUGAUCCGGGGGAAGCCGAUAUGGCCGGGACACAGCGGAGCCUCCUGUGCCUGGUGCUCCUGCUGCUCUGCCAGAUGGAUGGUGGUAGAGGGAGCAGUGUGUCGCUGCCGGAGUCCCUGCUCUUUGUCUCCACCCUGGACGGGAGUCUCCACGCUGUCAGCAAGAGGACCGGCGCCAUCCGGUGGACGCUAAAAGAAGAUCCCGUACUUCAAGUCCCGACACAUAUGGAAGAGCCGGCCUUCCUCCCCGACCCGAGUGACGGCAGCUUGUACACCCUGGGCAGCAAGCACAGCGAGGGGCUGACGAAACUCCCGUUUACAAUCCCGGAGUUGGUGGCGGCGUCGCCGUGCCGCAGCUCGGACGGCGUUUUAUACAUGGGGAAGAAGCAGGACGUCUGGUACGUGGUGGACCUGGUGACGGGCGAGAAGCAGCAGACCUUGACAUCGUCCUUUGCAGAAAGUUUGUGCCCCUCCACCUCUCUGCUGUAUCUGGGCCGGACAGAGUAUACAAUCACGAUGUACGACACGAAGAACAAGGAGCUGCGCUGGAACGCCACCUACUAUGACUACGCCGCCACGCUGCCGGACGAGGGCACAGAGUACAAAAUGUCUCACUUCGUGUCCAAUGGGGACGGUCUGGUGGUGACGGUGGACAGCGACGCCGGGGACGUCCUGUGGAUCCAGAAUUACGGCUCUCCGGUGGUGGCGCUGUACAUCUGGCAGAGAGAGGGCCUGAGGAAGGUGCUGCACACCAACGUGGGGGUGGAGACCCUGCGCUACCUCACCUUCAUGUCCGGGGAGGUCGGACGCAUCACCAAGUGGAAGUAUCCCUUCCCAAAGGAGACUCAAACCAAGAGCAAACUGACGCCGACUCUCUACGUGGGGAAGUACUCGACCAGUCUCUACGCCUCCUCCUCUCUGGUGCAUGAGGGCGUCUCGGUCGUGCCUCGGGGGAAGGUGAUGCCGCUGCUCGAUGGCCCCAGGACGGACGGGGUGACAAUUGAGGAGAACGGGGAAUGUGAGUUCACGCCCAGCACAGAUCUGAAGAUCCCGACCGGCUUAAAGGCGAAGGACAGACUGAAUUACUGGAAGAACCAGUGGCUGUUAAUAGGCCACCACGAGAUCCCGCUGUCUGCCCCAACCAAGAUCCUUGACGCCUUCCCCCCCACACUGCCCCGGGAACAGGAGAAAGUCAUAGAAGCUGGAGGAGACAAGACGCGCUUCUCGGAGGAGGUGAUGGGGAUGUCGGAGGAUUCUUCCUCAGAACUGCCGCCGUCCUACUCUAAGGACAUCACCGAUAUCUCCAAGCCGUUCUUGCCCAAGCCUGAGGCACCGGUGGACUCCAUGCUCAAGGACCUGGCCACCAUCAUCCUCAGCACCUUCCUUUUGGCGGGAUGGGUGGCCUUUGUCAUCACCUACCCCAAGACUGUGCACCAGCAGCAGCAGCUCCAGCACCAACAGUUCCAGAAGCAGCUGGAGGAGAAGAUUCAGCUCCUGCAGAUGCAGCACGUCGCCUUCCAGCCCCCGGCAGAGGUCGCCGCCGAUGGUGACUACCUGGACGUUACGGGGGUGCGGGGGGAGAGCUCUGCUAACAGUACCCCCAACGUGUCUCCGCGAGCCUCCAACCACUCGCUGCACUCUAAUCUUUCCGAGGUCGGCAGUGUGGUCUCCACUGAGCAGGAAGACCCAGAUGAAGAGACGAUAGUGGCCGUGGGCAAGAUCUCGUUCAACCCACGUGACGUCCUGGGCCAUGGCGCGGAGGGCACAAUAGUGUACAGGGGCCGCUUUGAUGAUCGAGACGUUGCCGUGAAGAGGAUCCUGCCGGAAUGCUUCAGCUUUGCGGAUCGGGAGGUUCAGUUGCUGAGAGAAUCCGAUGAAAAUCCCAAUGUCAUCCGCUACUUCUGCACGGAGAAGGAUCGCCAGUUCCAGUACAUUGCCAUAGAGCUGUGUAUGGCCACACUGCAAGAGUAUGUGGAGGAGAAGGACUUUGACCGUCAUGGCCUGGAGCCCAUCACCCUCCUGGAGCAGACCAUGUCCGGGCUGGCGUAUCUGCAUUCUCUCAGCAUCGUUCACAGAGACCUGAAGCCGCACAACAUCCUGAUCUCGAUGCCCAGCGCUCACGGGCGGGUGAAGGCCAUGAUCUCGGACUUCGGGCUGUGUAAGAAGCUGGCGGUGGGCAGACACAGCUUCAGCCGCAGGUCGGGCGUUCCCGGCACAGAAGGCUGGAUCGCCCCGGAAAUGUUAAUCGAAGACUUUAAAGAGAACCCUACCUUCACUGUGGACAUCUUCUCUGCCGGCUGCGUCUUUUACUACGUGGUCUCGGAGGGGAGUCACCCAUUUGGCAAGUCCCUGCAGCGGCAAGCCAAUAUCCUGCUGGGAGCGUACGGCCUGGAGUGCCUGAGCCUGGAGAAGCACGAGGACCUGAUCGCACAUCACCUGAUCGAGCAGAUGAUCGACAAGGACCCGCAGAAACGACCCUCUGCCCAGGCCGUCCUCAAACACCCCUUCUUCUGGAGCCUGGAGAAACAGUUGCACUUCUUCCAGGACGUCAGUGACCGGAUAGAGAAGGAGGCUCUGGACGGGCCGAUUGUGAAGAGGCUGGAGAGAGGAGGCAGAGACGUGGUGAAGCUGGACUGGAGGGAACACAUCACGGUGCCGCUGCAGACAGAUCUGAGGAAAUUCCGCAGUUACAAAGGGAAAUCUGUAAGAGAUCUACUGCGGGCGCUAAGAAAUAAGAAGCACCAUUACCGGGAGCUGCCGGCGGAGGUGCAGGAGACGCUGGGGAGCGUUCCGGAUGAGUUUGUCGCCUACUUCACGUCCCGCUUCCCCGGCCUCCUGCUGCACACGUAUCUGGCCAUGCAGCUGUGCAGCCAGGAGAGACUCUUCCAGCCGUACUACGUCCAGGAGCCCUCGGGGCCCGCCAUGGGGACCCCGGCUGAGCCUCUGUGAGGAGGAAGGAGGCUGGAGACACACGGUGCCUUAUACUGCUACCCUGGAGGGAUGUAGCAGGGCCGAGCCUGCGCAGCUGCUGCACUAUGGACUCCUGAUGGCCGGACUAUCUUCAGAUUUUAUUUUUGGCACAGUGAAGGCUUUUAUUUAUGGACUGAGCUCAGUAUUCAGGGUCCUGCACCCCCCAUGGAUCGGCCUGCAGGGGGCGCAGCACGCGGUCGCUGUUACUAUGCGAGAGCAUUAAGUUAUUUCCUUUUUAUAUUUGGUGCAGAAUGACUUUUUAUAAGACUGGAUGGAGCGGGGGUUCGGGCGCUUAAGGGUCAGUGGACGGUUGGGGGGU